AGUCACAGAGCCAAUACACCGACCUACCGACGUACAAUAAUCAGCAAAGGCAACACACCGAGGAGUGUAAAUUUGUUUUAGAGCCGUGGACUAUUCAAAAGCUGGGACCUGGGGUGAAGUUUGACUGCUGCAGGAGGAAUUCCUAGUGUCCUCGUGUGAUUGCCCAAUCAGAGACCUGCAUGUGUGAAGCCGCGGCCAGCAAUGGAACCCUGGCCUGCAGUGGCUUGGGUCCUACUGCUGACGGUCAUUGCUGAUUGGCUGAAAACAGCCCAAUCAAAGGACUUUACAGAACAGGACAUCAUCUACCUCCAUCCCUCAACCACUCCAUUCCCAGGUGGGUUCAAGUGCUUCACCUGUGAGGAGGCACCUGACAACUAUGAGUGUAAUCGCUGGGCGCCAGACCUAUAUUGCCCACAAGAGACCAGAUAUUGUUACACGCGUCACAAUAUGGACGUGGAGGGGGACAGUGUUUCCGUGACAAAGCGUUGUGUGGCUCUAGAGGACUGCCUCUCUACUGGAUGCUCUGAAGAAAACCAUGAAGGAAACAAGGUCUGUACAGCGUGCUGUGAGGGCAAUAUCUGUAACCUUCCUCUCCCCUGGAAUGAGACGGAGGCUGUGUUCGCCACCACCUCACCUCUCAGCGUCACCACAGGGCUCUCACAGAGCUACACACUAAUAUCCUGCCUCCUUUUCCUCACCUUCCUCAUCUCCAGCUAUGUUUGAGAAGUGGAGAGAGAUACUGACAUAUACAAUUUUCUUUACCAGUUGAAGGCCUGAUUCAACUGUUAAUGUAUUCCGAUCCAACUGUUAAUGGAUUCAAUCUACACCCUAUGGAAAUAGUACUCACUAUUUUGACAGUUUAUUUUCCUUUUAAUUAAAAGGAAUCCAGUUUUGAUUCCCUUUCAUCAUUAUGUUCAGCUUCAAUAAAAUGUGCACUUAGAACUGGACACUGAUACUGCUUCUAAAACACAGGCAAUAUGGCUGUCAAUCUUGAAGGAUAAAACAUAAUAAACAUCACAGUAUGAUAUUACAUCAUUCUCCCCCUACUACUCUUUUGCACAGGGACAGAAGGAAGGGAAACUGUAAACCUAGAAAUGUGUUGUGGCAUGUUUGGACUCGUCAGUAGGCUAUAUACUGUAAGAGUUUCAACAUUUUCCAGUGAUGAGGAAGAAUUGAAGAGCAGCUUCAGCUUCUAUGAGGAUUUGUCUGGUUUAACGUUUUAUGUUUUUUACAUUUUCACAUUUGUGAGUCAGUACCCCAUGUUGUAUGUUUGACACAUAUGUACAUAUGCAUAGUAUUUAUUUUUUUAUCGAACAUUGUUGUUAGAAGGUGAAUAUGUAUGUGUAACAUGUUACGCCUGUAGGUUUCUAUAAUAGCAUGUAAGUAAAGUGUGGACUACGUAUUUUAUUUUCCAGCUGGAACAAACGACAUAGGUGCUGCUCAUCCUUUUACAGAAAGUAUUUUUACCAACAUGGAAAGAGAGCCUGGCGCCUAUCAAACAAACGCUUAACCCUUUGCAUGAAGUGGUGUUUCUGAUGUGGGAAAACUAUUUCCUCAAAACCUAAAAAAGGAUUAAAGUUAAUUGCAGGUCUAUUUUAGCUUCAAAAUGUACCGAUGAUGAAAAAUAAAUCAGACUUUCCACAUGAUACAGCUACCCACAUACCUAAGCACAGCACUUUGUUUGGCCUAGGCUUUGGGAGUUGUACUGUAACUGUAGGACAAAUAGCAUGUUUAUAUGUCUUAUCAUUGCAGUUUUAGUGAGAGGCAACAAUAAAUGACUUACUUUGUGUGCACACAAUUAGUUACUGACACUAUGUGCUCUUCAGGAUACUUUUUCUCACCACUGUUUUAAUGUUUUCCGUUCUCGUGACACGUCCCUCUGAUGUUUGUACUGUGUUCUGUUCUGUGACAUGUUUCUCAUCCAUCACUCUCUGUUGGCAUUGUGGUCGCCUGGCCAGGCAAGAAAAAUGCAGAGUUAGCAAAUACAGUGUUAUUGUUCUCCAGGAUUUAUGAUUUGUUUAGGCUGAUCGCCCGAGACAUAAAGGAGACUGGUCACUUCCCCCCUCCAGACCUGGGUUCAUUUACUAUUUUAAAUCAUUUUAAAUACUUUACCUGUGCUUGAUUAAGUUUUCUUGGCUUAAUGGACCAAUAGAAUAGUCCCAAAAUGGCAAACCAUGCACAUAUGGCACUUCAGGCAGACUAAAGCAAACGAUCAAAGUAUUUAAAAGAUUUCAAAUAGUAUUUGAACCCAGAUCUGCCCUCCUCCCUCUCUACCACACUGUCUGUUCAUUAGGACUCCAGCCAAACGGCAAGAGGAAAACAGUGAAGCAUGAUUUACAGAAAGCAAACAUUUUUACCUACUGUAGUUGGCUCUGUUAACAUUUUAUAAAUGACAUUUUGUUUUUUAUAGGGUAACAUAAGGGCUAGAACAUGUUGUGUCCCUUUAAACCAAUCAGGCAAAUACUAGAUUUUCCCUUUAAAAUAUUUUACUGGACUUUUGAAUUGUGACCUUAAGCCAGCAUAUCUUGCCAGAUGUUGCCUUAACUCAUUCUAAAGAAAUGCUGUACAAUUCGUGGAAGAAGUGCUUGUGCAUGAUCUUAUCAAGUCAUGUUGUGCCAAUUGAUGUUAUGUAAAUAUAAUCUCUGUUUUUAUAUGCAAUGUCUUUGUAAAUAAUUGUAUAUAUAAAUGUGAAUGACUUUGUAACUUCAUAUUAAAGAUGAAGACAUGACCCCUUAA